UAAUGCGCGAUGGGGAGACUGCGGGGCAGUCUCUGGCGAAAUGUUGGUUGCAGCCAAGCGUGCCGUUCGUGGAUCGGCUUUUCUUUUGCUCGUCGAGUUUCUUGCUUUAGUUGCAGCGGAGCCGUGUUCCACUGACGGACAAGUGAGACUGGCGGACGGCCUGACCGCAAACGAGGGCAGGGUUGAAAUCUGCCUUGAUGGAGAGUGGGGUACAAUCUGCGAUCAUCACUGGGGCUCGUCCGAAGCCCGCAUCGUUUGCCAGCAGCUAGGAUUACCCGCGGAACAUGCCGAUGCCAUUUACCGAUAUGGUGGCGUCUCGGGUCUUAUACACUACGCUGGAUUUAGGUGCGAUGGCACGGAGACGCAGCUUUCGCUCUGCCCGGCUGAUCAAAUAAACUCGAGUACCACACAAAUCACAAACUGCCAACACCUAGAAGAUGCAGGAGUGCGAUGCACUAAUGUUCCCUGUGCUGAGAAUGAUGUUAGACUGAAUGAGGAGAUAGUGCAGGUGUGUCAUGAUCAGCAGUGGGGCCUAAUGUGUGCCCCGAGGGGUAGCUGGGAUGAAAAUGCAGUGCAAGUGAUGUGCACUCAAGCUGGAAGGCCAUCCACAUCCCCACGCAGCCCAAGCCGUAGAGCGCUAUUCUACGAUGCUCCUGUCAUACUGAAUGACAUAACAUGCAACGGCACGGAAGCUAGCAUUGUCGAGUGUGCCCAAGCUGAUUAUGGCUCCUUCACUGACUGCGCUAAUAUUGCUGUUGCUCAUUGUGAAGGUAAACUAUAUACAGUAACAUUAGUGUCAUAUGACUAUGGUAGGAUUGCAAUUUCAAACAUGCAGCACAAGAGUCCUGCAAUGAACCGAACGCCAUACGGUUGACAAGGUUUUCAAGUGACACGAUGGGUCGCCUGGAAGUGUGUGCCAACGGCAUGUGGGGAACUGUCUGUGGCAAUACAGCAACCAUUGCUUUGGUGAGGGUAGCAUGCAGACAGCUGAACCAUGCCCCAGGAGGGUCACUUUUCAGAGAGAGUGAUUUUGCAUUUCUACUUGAUGGACUUGUUCCAAUACGACGAACAAAUGUGGUGUGUGCUGGCAAUGAGGACUCCCUGUCAGAGUGCUCCUUCAAUGGAGCCGAUGGAGACCCAACCUGCACUCAUAGAGAUGAUGUCAUCAUUAUGUGUGCAACUCAGAGUGGGUGUAAUGAGGGAGAUGUUCGGCUGGUAGACGGCCAAAACACCAACUGACGGACGAGUGGAAGUAUGUCUUGAAGGGUUUUGGGGCCCAGUGUGUGACGACAGGUGGGACUCCAGAGAUGCUCAAGUCGUGUGUCGGCAAUUGAAUUUCAAUGGACCAUCGUAUCCACUGCUGAGUUUUGGAGCCGGCCAAUCGUCCACUAUUCACCUGGAUGAUGUUCACUGUAAUGGAUCUGAGGAGAGAAUCACUGAGUGUAGCCACAGUGGAAUAGGGAUCCACAAUUGCCGUGCGGGCACUGAAGAAGCUGGAGUCAUAUGCACAAACACAACAUGUGAGGAUGGGACAGUCCACCUGGUGGGAGGAGACGACGUGUCAAGAGGGAGAGUUGAGUACUGCUAUCAGGGAGCCUGGUACUCUGUGUGUGCCAGCGACUGGGAUGACAGUGGGUUGGAGGCACAAGUCAUCUGCGGAAGUCUGGGCUAUCGAUUUGAAUCUACUGUAGUGAACUACGGACGAGGGAAGAGUCCAAUUCUACCAUUCAGUAUCAGCUGCAGUAUAGGUGACAGUGAGCUUGAUGACUGUGCUAAGACUGCACUUGAUACCAGCCAGUGUCCACAUGUGGCAGGAGUCGAUUGUGAAGCUUUCUGCCACACAGUUGGUAUCACAGACUGUGAGAUGUGUGGGAGUCGAGAGAGGUGUGGGAUUGUUAGGACAGCUGAUCGAACCCCCGUCUGCAACUGCUACUCUGACUGUUACGACUAUGGAGAUUGCUGCUCUGACCUAUCCAAUUUAGACAAUUGCUCUAUUCCAGAGUGUGAUGAUGGUGCGGUUCGUCUGGUUGGUGGAGUGACCAACUCCACUGGGAGACUGGAGGUGUGUGCCAAUGGAUUGUGGGGCAGAGUCUGCAACAGAUUCCAGUAUUGGGGUCCAGACAACGCCAGAGUUGUGUGUCGUCAGUUGGGGUUUCCUACUGAAGAUGCGCGUGUUGUGGAAGGUGAACUUGCCCGUAUGUUUGGGGUAAGUGAGAGAGCUCCCCUCCUGGGAGAGGUCCACUGCAUUGGAAUGGAAACAGAGCUGUUGGAAUGCUCUCACACAAGUAUCGGACGGCAUUUGUGUGGCGUUACAGUUGUUCCUCCAGUCCCAGACAUUGUCAUUACUUGCUCCGAGAUUUGCCAGCCACCUUGUGUCAACGGAAUGUGCAAUAUAAACAUUGGAAACUGUGACUGCUCUCCUGGAUAUACUGGUAUCUCAUGUGAUGAAGAUGUACGGGAGUGUGAAGCAGACAAUGGAGGUUGUGAUCACAUCUGCACUGACUUUCCUGGUGGUUACACCUGUUCGUGCAAAGUUGGCUACAGCACAGAUGGAACCUCUUGCAGAGACAUUGAUGAGUGUGAGGAAGGGAGCCAUGACUGCAGUCAGAUCUGUGUCAACACUCCUGGAUCAUACUACUGCAACUGUCAGCGUGGCUUUCAGCUAGUCGGUGGCACAGAGUGUGAAGAUGUGGAUGAAUGUCAAGUGCUUUCUCCCAAUGGAUUCUGCAGUCAAGUGUGUGUUAACACUGAGGGAUCUUUCCACUGUAACUGUAUGGAGGGAUAUCAACUCUUUCGGUCAUUCUUGUGCACAGAUAUUGAUGAGUGCAGUGAAGGGAUUGAUACAUGCAGUAGAAGUGCACCCACACCGGCUCGCUGUAUCAACACUGAAGGGAGCUACAGGUGUACAUGUGAUGAGUACAUUGGGUACCGUUUGUCUACUAAUGGUACCACUUGUGAAGAUGUGGAUGAAUGUGCUGAAGGACCGCCCCUCUGUAGAGAGACCUGUGUGAACACACCUGGUUCCUACAGCUGCACUUGCCCUGAAGGAUAUGAACUUGAUGUGGAUAGGAUAUCCUGCAGAGAUAUUGAUGAGUGCAAAAAUAUGAAUGGUGGCUGCCAGAGCUCCUGUACCAACACACCUGGCAGCUUCAGGUGUAGCUGUGACCAGGGAUAUAGACUGUUGGAUGAUGGAUUAAAUUGUGAAGCCCUCAGUUGUGAUCCAGUUCUUGAAGCUCCACUGAAUGGUGAGAUAGAGUGUGACAGACAGACUGUGGGUCGGAAUUGCAGGUUCACCUGUGAUGAUGGCUACACUCUGAGAGGCUCAGAGAAUCGGACCUGUCUCCCCUCCCUCCAGUGGAGGGAACCUCCUGCCAUAUGUGACCCUCCAAUGUGCCCUCACCUCACUCCUCCUGACAAUGGAUUUGUGUUGUUCCCAUGUACCAGAGAGGAGGGCCAUCUGUGUCGUGUUGUGUGUGCCCAUGGCUACAGCUUAGUGGGUCCUAGCAAUCAGACAUGUAGAAAGGAUAACAUGGGCAGUCUUGUGUGGAGUGAUGGACCACAGUGUGUAGAGAGUGGUCUAUGUGACCCAAAUCCUUGUCUGAAUGGAGGAUUUUGUAUCGAAGCUGGCACUGACUUUAGAUGUGUGUGCAAUGGAACUGCAACUGGUUAUGGUGGACAGACUUGUGGAGCAGUUAUUGUACACUUCCCACCAAUCCCACCAGUUACUGACGGAUUAGAGUUUCAAAUAACUUUAUACACUGGUGCAGAAGGAUUCAGUGGAAGGGUAAGAGUGAACAUUGACAGACCUAAACGUGGACAUGUGCUACGUGUGAAUAGUGGAGAAAUAAGCUCUACAACUGCAUCAGGUGCAAUAGGGGUAGUAAGAGUUGGUAUACGGCAAAAUACUGUUAGAGUAAUUUAUGAGCCACGAGAGAGAAAUGUUUUCAUAUCUGGUGGCUCGGAUAAUGAGAGACCAUCGUCUUUUGAACAAUUUAAUCUCACACGAGGACUGCUGCAGCCAAGUUGUUGCAGUGCAGAUGAUCAUGUCAAACUUUCCUGUCCUGGGGACUCCACUCAGACAAUAUCACUGCUAUCACCAUGUCAGUGGACUACCACUGACAGGGGAGUUACAAGAACAGAUGCUGGUGCCGUGUUUGUUCAGAGUAGUUCCCUAUCUCUACCAACUUCUCUUUCCAGCUUCAGAUACAGAGAUGUUGAUUACAUCAAUGACAUUAGGUUUGAAAUUGGUAACUGUGUAGCUUGCCUUGAAUGCAACAAUACCAAUCGCCAGUGCUCCUGUUAUGAUCACACACCAGAUGACACUGUGGAGUUUCUCCAA